CCUCUCUGCCUACGUGGGAGAGAAGAGAGGGUUGGGGGAAGUGUGGAAAACCUGAACCUGAGCCGCUGCAGCCCGAGGAAGAUUUGGGGGGAGGAGAAGUAGAGGGAGGAAAACAGGUUGGAGGUGAGGUGAGCAGGGCAAAUAAAUCGCUGCUAUCCGGCGACGCAAAGUUCUUCGCGAUGUGGCUGAAGCCUGAGGAAGUGCUUCUGAAAAAUGCGCUGAAGCUGUGGCUGAUGGAAAGGUCCAACGACUACUUCGUGCUGCAACGGCGUCGAGGCUACGGGGAGGAAGGCGGAGGUGGGCUCACAGGUCUUCUGGUUGGAACUCUUGACUCAGUUUUGGACUCUACUGCUAAAGUGGCUCCAUUUCGUAUCCUACACCAGACACCAGAUUCUCAAGUUUACUUAUCAAUUGCAUGUGGAGCCAACAGAGAAGAAAUAACCAAGCACUGGGAUUGGUUGGAACAAAAUAUCAUGAAGACCUUAUCUGUAUUUGACUCAAAUGAAGAUAUUACUAAUUUUGUACAAGGAAAGAUAAGAGGAUUAAUUGCCGAAGAGGGAAAACAUUCUUUUGCAAAAGAAGAUGAUCCUGAGAAAUUUCGAGAAGCCCUUUUGAAAUUUGAAAAAUCAUUUGGUUUACCAGAGCAGGAAAAAUUAGUGACCUAUUAUUCAUGCAGUUAUUGGAAAGGACGGGUUCCUUGUCAGGGUUGGCUCUAUCUUAGUACCAACUUUCUGAGCUUCUAUUCUUUUUUGUUGGGAUCAGAAAUAAAACUCAUUAUCUCCUGGGAUGCAGUCUCCAAACUUGAAAAGACUUCAAAUGUCAUACUGACAGAGAGUAUCCAUGUGUGUUCCCAAGGGGAGGAUUACUACUUUUCAAUGUUUUUGCACAUUAACCAAACGUACCUUCUUAUGGAACAAUUGGCAAACUAUGCCAUAAGGAGACUUUUUGAUAAGGAAACAUUUGAUAAUGACCCAAUCCUUGAUGAUCCUCUACAAAUUACUAAAAGAGGUUUGGAAAAUAGAGCCCACAGUGAGCAAUUUAAUGCCUUUUUUCGGCUGCCUAAAGAAGAGACAUUGAAAGAAGUACAUGAAUGUUUCUUAUGGGUACCAUUCAGCCACUUCAACACUCAUGGGAAAAUGUGCAUCUCAGAAAACUAUAUCUGCUUUGCUAGCCAGGAUGGCAAUCUGUGUAGUGUAAUCAUUCCAUUACGUGAGGUCUUAGCUGUAGAUAAGACAAAUGAUUCCAGCAAAUCUGUCAUCAUUAGCAUCAAGGGAAAAACAGCUUUCCGCUUUAGUGAAGUUAAAGACUCGGAGCAACUGGUGGCAAAGCUCAGGCUCAAGUGUGGCACAGCUUCAGCUCCGUGUGAUAUUAGCGCGGAGGUUACUAUAACUUCUGACUCUACAGGUCAAUCUGAAAAUUUUGACGUUCAGUCUUUGACUUGUCAAAAAGAAUGCAGUAAAACUGUGAACACAGAGGCCUUAAUGACAGUAUUUCACCCUCAGAAUUUGGAGACCCUGAAUUCUAAAAUGUUGAAAGAAAAGAUGAAAGAACAGUCAUGGAACAUCUUAUUUUCAGAAUGUGGGCGUGGUGUUAGCAUGUUUCGGACCAAAAAGACUCGAGAUCUGGUUGUAAGAGGGAUUCCAGAGACCUUAAGAGGGGAGCUUUGGAUGCUUUUCUCAGGUGCUGUUAAUGACAUGGCUACUAAUCCUGGCUAUUAUGCUGAAGCAGUUGAGAAGUCCUUAGGGACCUGCAACUUGGCUACUGAAGAAAUUGAACGUGAUUUGCGUCGCUCCCUCCCUGAGCACCCAGCAUUUCAGAGUGACACUGGCAUAUCUGCUCUAAGGCGGGUACUCACUGCUUAUGCGUAUAGGAACCCAAAAAUUGGAUACUGCCAGGCAAUGAACAUUUUGACUUCAGUGUUGCUUCUGUAUGCAAAAGAAGAAGAAGCUUUUUGGCUUCUGGUUGCUGUAUGUGAACGAAUGUUGCCUGAUUAUUUUAAUCGUCGAAUCAUUGGUGCCUUGGUGGAUCAGGCAGUCUUUGAAGAACUUAUCAGGGAUCACCUUCCUCAGCUGACAGAACACAUGACAGAUAUGACAUUCUUUUCCUCAGUUUCUCUCUCAUGGUUCCUCACACUUUUUAUUAGUGUGCUACCUAUCGAAAGCGCAGUGAACGUGGUAGACUGUUUCUUCUAUGACGGAAUAAAGGCUAUCUUACAGCUCGGACUGGCAAUACUUGACUAUAAUUUAGAUAAGCUACUGGCAUGUAAAGAUGAUGCUGAAGCUGUGACAGCUUUAAACAGGUUCUUUGACAAUGUCACUAAUAAGGACAGCCCAUUACCUUCAAGUGUGCAGCAGGGUUCAAAUGAGAGUGAUGUAAAACGCAGUCAUAGUAGAGUGGACAUUACAGAUUUGAUUAGAGAGUCCAAUGAGAAAUAUGGUACUAUUCGCUAUGAAGAUAUACACAGCAUGCGCUGUCGAAACAGGUUGUAUGUGAUACAGACCCUGGAGGAAACAACAAAGCAGAACGUGCUGCGUGUUGUAUCACAAGAUGUGAAAUUGACCCUUCAUGAAUUAGAUGAACUUUACGUGAUCUUUAAGAAAGAACUGUUUUUAUCUUGUUAUUGGUGCUUGAGCUGUCCAGUAUUAAAGCAUCAUGACCCCAGCCUGCCAUAUCUGGAGCAGUAUCAGAUUGACUGCCAGCAGUUCAGAGGGCUGUAUCACCUGUUGAGUCCCUGGGCUCAUUCAGCAAACAAAGACUCUCUAGCUUUGUGGACGUUCAGACUGUUGGAUGAAAAUUCUGAUUGCCUCAUAAACUUCAAAGAAUUCUCUUCUGCAAUUGACAUAAUGUACAAUGGAAGUUUUACCGAGAAGCUUAAACUGCUUUUUAAGCUGCAUAUUCCUCCAGCUUAUACUGAAGUGAAAUCUAAGGACUCUUCAAAAGGAGAUGAACUUUCCACGGAAGAAUUACUUUAUUUCAGUCAGCUCCAUGUCUCCAAGGCUACAAAUGAGAAAGAAUCAAAUUCAGGAAAAAACAGCCCUGAAAAAGGCAAAGGAAAAAUUGAUAUUCAAGCAUAUUUAAGUCAAUGGCAAGAUGAGCUCCUCAAAAAAGAAGAAAAUAUUAAGGAUUUGCCAAGGAUGAAUCAGGCACAAUUUAUUCAGUUUUCAAAGACCCUCUAUAAUUUAUUUCAUGAGGACCCUGAAGAAGAAGCAUUAUAUCAAGCCAUUGCUGUUGUAACCAGCCUUUUGCUCAGGAUGGAAGAAGUCGGAAGGAAACUCCACAGCCCUGCAUCGUCAGCCAAAGCAAUCGCUGGUACAGUCUGUGCAUCUGGAGGACCCAGUGAAAGCAGGGCGGAGAGCCCCUUGGAGAAAGAUCCUUCUUCUCUUAGGGAGGAGCCUCAGUGGUCAUUUGCGUUUGAACAGAUUCUUGCAUCUCUGUUGAAUGAACCAGCCUUGGUGAGGUUUUUUGAGAAACCCGUAGAUCUAAAAGCCAGGCUAGAAAAUGCAAAAACCUCUCAGUUAAGAUGUAGAACCAAAAUGUAAAUUUCUUAACAGGAACUGAUAUCCAAGACAAGUUUACCAAGAUUUCUGUAGCCGUCAGGUUUAUUCCUGGGAGUAGUGCUCAGGGAUAUAUCGUGUUGACAAUGGGCUUAAAGGAAAAAGGAGUAGUAUAUUCAGAAGCACAAUUAUUCAUUCAUUUGUGAUGAUCUCAAAUUAUGAUAUUCUCAAAAGCACUUACAGUCACACCUUGGAUUGCAAGUAACUUGAUCCUCAAGCGUUCUGCAAGCCACGCAAACAUUUCUAAGACAUUUUAAUUUGAUAAAUGAGCGAUGUCUUGCAAGAAGAGUACUGCAGCACGCUGAACAUCACGUGAUCGCAGCUGGUUCUUCUCGCUCUCGUUGCUGUGAUAUACACGUGCUUUGGAUUACAUGUGAAAUGAAUUAUUCUCACAAUCCAAGGUUUUACUGUACUACACAUUUCAGAAGAUGUACAGUAUCAAGGGAGGAAAGGGAGGAUGUUCAAUAGAACCACCAGAGGGCGCCACCAUACCAUUUUUAGUAAGUAAAUGACUACCGUGUGCUAUUUACACUGAUUUUGAAAACAUGGUUAGUUUAUUAGUGACGCUGACAUGUCAUAUUGAUAAACCUUGCUUUCCAAAUUGCCUCCGUCUUAUUAGAAUGCUUUAGAAAACUAGGCUUUGAGCGCCGGGAAUGUCGCUCAGCAGCGUAGUGCCUGCCUGGCAAGUGCAAGGUCCUGAGUUCAAUUCCUGGUACCAUUAAAAAAAAAGAAAAGAAAACUAGGCUCUUAGCUCUGUACCCUUAUGCAAGAGAUUACCGUUCAGGCCCCUCAUUUUCAGAUUAUCUAACUGACAUAUUGUUAACGUUUUAAAUUUAAUUUUCUACUAAUAGAUGAUUUGUUGGUAACUUGUGCGUUCUGUCCACCUGAAGAGUUCAGAAGCUGCUGAUUCAUGCUGCUAUCUCUCUUACUGUUCAGAACAAAUCAAGGACACUAAACACUAGACCGAUAGAAAAGGAAAAGAUACUGGACUUGAAUUUAAACUGGGUAAGGCUAGCCUUUUGGCGGGGGUUAAGAAACAGUUCAGUUGGGGCUGGGGAUUUAGCUCAGCGGCAAAAGCGGCUGCCUGGCAAGCGCAAGGUCGUGAGUUCGGUUCCUGGUACCAGAGAAAAACAAAAAACAGCAAAAAAAAAGAAACAGUUCAGUUAACUUUACAGGUCUCUCGUUAAACUGAGAAAUUGCUAGAAAUUCUUCAGACACUACUGUUUGUUGUAUUUGUCACAGUAUGUUGCAGUUUGUCUCAGUAGUUUUAGAUUUUAGAUUUUCUGAGUCAUGGUUUCAUUUACAUUGUACAGUAAGCAUAAAUAGUGACAUUGAAACUGAGUUGUUAUAUUAGUCUGGCUGGCACACACAGUACACUUACAUGUGAUGCGUGCCGAUGUAAUGUGUGGAAUUGCCAGCAUCUCCCUAAAACAUUUCUGACUUUCUAACUUAGGUAUGUAAUUUUAUGUACUUUAUGCUGCUUAUAUUUCGGUCACACCAUGACAGUCCAUUUAGAGACAUCAUGGACUUUGUUGGCACUUUUUAAGAAAUGAAACAAGUAAACUGUGUUUGCCCACUCUUCUGUCCUAUUUCUGACAAGAGCAGUUUUAUAGUUGAAUUGGGAAAGGGGGUAGAAAUCAUCCAUUGGAAUUUCUUUGUUCACAGAAGACUUUGGCUUUAAGUCCUUUGACUUUUCCAGAUGUGCAACAAUAAAAGGGCAGACCUCCUUCUGAGGGACCCCAGAAGUCGUCUUCUCUGAGCAGGAGUUGGUACAGUGAGCCUUAGGCAAGAAGCUUCCGUGAGCAAAGCCUAACACAGAGAUGCUUGUCAUCGCACAAUAUGUUACUUUCAGAGAAGUUAAAGAAUUUUCAGAUUAAGCCUUUGAAAAUUGAUGAAUUGGGUUUGGUGAAACCCUAUACUAGUAGUGUCUUCAAGAUAAUUUGAUCACUUUGUCCUUUCAAGGACAUUAUCACUUGAAGAGAUAGUUGGUAAGUAUCCAUACCCUUAGUUGGAAAUGAUUUGUUGAAGUACAUCCAGAUUUUAGAGGCUUCAUUAAUAGUUUGUAUUAAAACUGUCACACAUUUGCUAUUAGCAAUGAUUGUUAAAUAAUGCUACAAUAGUUCUAGAAAGACAUAAAGUCAGUGCAAAUACACAAAGAUAUUAUUGUACAUACUUUGUUGAAUAUUUUGUCAGAUGAAUUUACAAAGAGUACUUUUUAAGAGCAUAUGUUAUUAAUAUUUGACAUUAUUUUAGAGUCAAAGUGAUGAGGAUUACUGAGUAUUUAUUUUAACCUAGAUUAAUUAAAAUUGAAUACUUAAAAAGAUUUUUGAGCUGCAAAUAAAUUAUAAAGGCAAGUUAAAAAGAAAAAUUUGCC